AAAAAACCAAUGAAGAAGAGAACAAAUACGGAACCGUCCGCCUCCGGAGCAAAGAAACGCCGGCGAGAGGAAGAUGACGAAGAAGUGGGUUGUAGUCACGCUGCAGUUGAAGAUGAUGCAAUAUCCGAGGAUCAGUAUCUUCCUCUCGAGGAUGAACUCACCUUUAGCGACACAUCUGUUGCACUACGAAUGAUGCGAGCUCAGUUUCCUCGUAUUGACCAGGCUUCGGUUCCACCCUUCAUUUUACAGUCGCAGUUAUACAGUAGUGUCAAUGAUAGAACCCAAGUCGAUAGAGAGUUAGAGUGUUUACGAAGGGAGAAAGUUGUAGAUCGAAUAGUGAAGAGGAUGGAAGAGAAGAAACAAAGUAAUCUUGAAAUUGUCAAGUGGUUCAAAGGCCAUGUCCUUGAUUCAAAACUUGAACCUAGUAUUGGACAUCAUGAGCUAUUUUCACUGUUGUCAUUGGGCGGAAAGGUGAAGGAUGCACACAUCACUAUCUUAAUUAACGCAGGUCUUCUCGUAAGUAAAGAUUUAUACUCCUACUUAUAUCUGCUCCUCCAUGUAUCUCUUACCCUCUUUUAACUAUAAAUACCAA